GUCCGAAUCCGUCCGUUCCAUUCGCCGUUUCGCUUUGUCACUAUCCUUUCAUCUCCUUGACCCCUCAAACCCAUCUCCCUGGGGUUCCGACUCUGAUCUGCUUGCCGGUCGGGGAAGGAUUCGAGGGGGGUGAAUCAUCACUUCUCUCACUGACUGUCCCAAAAAAAAACAUUGUCUCUCGACUUCGAUCAGAAGACCCGGGUUUGACUGUCUCACUUUUUCGUGGUUGUUGUUUUUUUGUUAUCUCUCCUCCUCUUGUCCUCUUGUCAUGUCUAUCCCUCAUCUUAUACCGCCUGCUAACUUGAUCGAUCACUCGCUUUCACCCUACCUCACUCCACCGCCUACACUUCCACACACUCGCGCCAACUCGGACGGAUCCAUUGGUCAUCGUCGCUCCCUCACUCUGAAACCCAUCGUCUCGCCUAUGACUGCUAUAUCGCCUGGACGUCCAAAUGCCUUUCGUCUCCCUUCGUUACCGUCUCUCCCGAUCAUUCGACGUCUCAGCGGACCAGAAGACGAUGGUGAUGACGCCCACUCUCCCAAUCCUCGAGGCGACAAGCGUCGGCGGGUAGGAAGACCAGCACGUCAUUCAGAAUCCGCACUCGUGUCUCCUUCCAAAUCGCAACACUCCUACCCUUCGCCUUCACCAACUUCACCACAUGCUCAUGCAGCCGCGGGUGGUCGAUUCGGUCUAGCACCUAUCAAACCUGUAGGUUUCGCAGCUUCUCGUGGAUCAAGACGUGAAGACGGGACCGACCUUGCCAUCCCUUCUCCUGUCGUCAUGGGCUUCGAUUUCAAGUCCAUCGACGAUGAUCAACUCCGGACGGUUCGAGAUACUAUCAGUAUAAAAGAACAGCAACAAGCUUUGAUAGCUCAAAGAAGAAGAGAGAACGCUGCUAGCACUCCGAGUACACCCAAAGAACUCACUUUCAAAGGCUGGGUCCCGAAAGAGUCCAUGCAAGGCAGUGGGGAGAAGCCACCAGUGCAACAGCUCCAUCCUCAGCCGGACUUGACAGCUCAACCUCUGUCGAUACCGGCUUUGGGCAGCGGCGGCGGCGUAGGUAGAAGAAGAGAGAAGAUCAGGGACAAGGUGGAGGGAAUGACCAUUGUAACGUCUGCCACGGACAAAGAUGGUGUUCCGGGGUCAAAGAGCGCACCACUUAAUCAGGGUUUGUCAGUCCAACAAGCCAUGCACGACCAUUUAGGGGGGCCUCAGACUUCCUUCCCGCAUGCUGCCUCUGCUCACCAUCCGGCCUACACCUCGGACCUCCGCACGGCACCGAUCAGCCACGCCAGAGGCUCCAGAGACGAUCAUGAACUCGCGCGGCAACAGCAAGGUCCGACAGGAUAUUGGCGGACGCAGCCCAGAGCCGGCUACGAGCGAUACGAACACGCGCCACAUACGGGCCGUCCGAGCGUUGCAGGUCAAGCAUCCUCUUCAUCCCACAAUAUCAUUCAUCCCCCACCAUUGACCCGAGGCGAACACCCUGCGUCUAGUACCCACCCGCGCAACGGUCAUGCACAUUAUGGCUCUCACUCCCCAUCACCACCACCGCUAUCAGCCUCUAGGCCAGGUUAUGGACCGCCUUCGUCGACAUCAGAAUACUACGACAUGUAUGCCAAGAUCGAACAGCUGAAGUAUUCGCUUCAGGAUUUACAUCAUCGAUACGAGGGACUGUUCUCGUCUCAAGUACAUGCCAUGGGCGAAUUCAAGACUACGGCAGCGCAGGCGAAUGCUCUGUUAAGCAAUCUACAAGCUAGUGCGGACAGCUUAAAGGAGAUGGUAAGGUACGAAGUGGGUCGUUCAGGAAGUGCAGAACGGAAAGAGCUGGACGAACUGAAAGAGAGGAUCAAGAUUCUGGAGGUGCAGUUGAAGCAAAAGUAAGGUGACGGGCGAGAUCAGUAUGGGAAGGGGCCUUGGAUGGGAGGUCCUUGA